AGAGGGCUGACAGCCUCAGGCCGCCGACAAGGGGGGCCACCCCGCACGCCCGUCGGGCGACAUGUUGCCGCAGGUGGGCCCCGAGCCGAUGUGCGCCAUGCCGGGCACGCUGGCCAGCUUGGUCCCGGGUGCCAUGAUAGCGCAGGGGAUGCCAGCAGCAGCUUGGCCGCACAUGGGUGGCAUGGGGAUGGGUGGCGUGCCGAUGGGGGGCAUGCCGAUGGCAGGCGGGCUGAUGGGAGGCAUGCCGAUGGCAGGCGGGCCGAUGGGAGGCAUGCUGAUGGUAGGCGGGCCGAAGAUGAACUUGAUGGUUACCAUAGUCGGCGCGAGGAACCUGCGGGCGGGCAACUGGUUGGGGUCUAAGCACCCGUACUGCACCUGCGAGAUCACAGGCAAGCCCCACACGAAGGUCAAGUCGCAGACCGACAGUGGAACGUCGGACCCCGUCUGGAACUUUUCGCACGUCAUCUCUGACUUCUCGCCAGGGCAGGACUCGCUGACCUUCACAGUCUUUGACGAGGCCAAGAGCGACCACGAACCCCUGGGCUGGGCCAUGCUCCACAGCGUCCAGCUGUUCCCGCGCGGCUUCCAGGGGGACCUGCCGCUGGCGGACAGCCACCACCACGGGCACGGCGUGGGCCUCCUCAGCGUCAGGGUCGGGCUGGCCGCCCCCGUCGGCACGCCGGUGCCACCGGCGCCCACGGCCACUGCGGCGCCGGGGCCCGCUGUCGUUGCGCAGCCCGCGGCGGCGAUGGCGCCUGUCUUCGGCGCCCCGUGCCCCGUCCACAUCAGCUUGAAGAGCGCUCGUGGCCUCAAGCGGGCCGAUUUCAUUCCCACCCGCUCCUCCGACCCAUACUGCGUCGUGGAGAUACCGGGGAAGCCAGAGUCGAAGUUCAAAACACACACUGUCGACAACAACCUGAAUCCAGUGUGGAAUUUCGACCACACCAUUCCAAUGUACGUCCCAGGCGAGCCACUGCUCUUCGAGGUCUUCGACGAGGACACCUUCAAGUCCGACGAUUUCUUGGGUAGACUACUAUUGCAGAGCAACGAGUUCUUCCCGAACGGCUUCAACGGCAGCAAGAUGUUGCAAGACUCUGGGAAUAACACGGCAUCCUUGGAGCUCGUCAUCCAGGUGCUGAAGCCGGGCAUGUUUCCCGUACAGCUGGCCACGGCGGCCGGGGCCUCUGGCGAUGAGUCCACGGGCUGCUGCAGGCCGUUCGACGUCACCAUCUUCUGGGCGAAGGGCCUGCACAGCACCGGGCACAACCCCUUCUGCGUCUGCAAGAUAGUGGGUGGCACGUCAAAGGACAGGGAAGCCAAGCACAUCAAGAACGACCACUUUCACACCCACACGGUCAGCAGCACCUCGCACCCAGUCUGGAACUUCACCCAGACGCUCAUUGAGUACCACGAGGGUUGCGACCUCGAGUUUACCGUCAAGGACGAUCACACAUUGUGCCGCACUCUUGGGAAGGCCACCCUGGACUGCUCCAGGUUCUACCACACCGGCUUCCAGGGGAUACUGAGCCUGUCGGAGAAUAAGGACUCCGAUGACCUUGUGCUUGCGGUGAAAGUCGUGGCAGCGACGACCGUGGAGAAGGAGCUGAGGGAGGGGAAAGUUGGGAUCAACAUGCUGCAGGCGGCGUCUCCCCUGCAGGUCGAGCCCCGCGUGGAGCCGGGAGCUCCUGCCGAGCAGCUGGGGAGUCUCGGUGCGCAGGUCGGCGGCGUGCCGAUGCUCCUCCGCAUCGUGGGCGCGCGCGGGCUCCGGAGGGGCGGCUGGGUUCCCGGGCACACCUCGGACCCGUACUGCGUCUGCACCGUGGAAGGCAAGCCGCACACGAAGGUGCAGACUCCUACUGAGAAGAACACAACCGACCCGUUGUGGAACUCCGAGCACACCAUUAGUGUAGUUCCCGGCGACACGUUGAUCUUCACUUGCUUUGACAAGGAUAAUUUGAAAGACGACGAUUUCGUCGGCCGCGGCACGCUUCCCUUCCAUCAGUUCUGCCAUGGCUUUCAGGGCGACAUUCAGCUCAAAGACAACGACCACAACCACAUCUCCUCGCUGCAAUUGGUGGUGUUGCCUGGCAACGCGCUGGGCAUGAUGCCGCAGCAGAUGCCUGGAUGGCCACAGGGCAUGGGGGGACCCCUCGGCGCCAUUGGCGGGUGUCCUGGCGGCUGCCCAGGCGGCUACUGUACCACUGGCUUCCCCGGCGCCUUCCCCGGCGCCUUCCCCGGCGGCUGCCCUGGCGGUUACCCCGGCGGCUUCUGCGGUGGUACUUGCUGCCCCGGCUACCCAGCAGCGGGCCUCCCUCCGUUCGGAGUGCCCCUUGCCGCGGCGGGGCCCAUGAUGGCGAGCCCGCUCUUUGGAGGUCGCCUCUCCCCGGGGCGCUUCUCGCCGCGGGGCACCCGGCUCUCGCCGCUGGGCCUGCGCUCGCCUGGGCGGGGGCGCAUCACGGCGCCGGCGCCGCUCAAGGUCACCAUCGUGAGUGCCCAGGGGCUCCGCAAGAGCAGCCCCCUCGGCGAGCUGGAUACCUUCUGCACUUGCGAGGUGUACGGCAGGCCCCACACGAGGUUCCAGACCCAGGUCUACGAGGACGAUCGCGACCCGGUCUGGAAUUUCGAGUCUGUGCUCAUGGACUACUGCCUGGGCGACGCCCUCCUCUUCCGGGUGUACGAAGAGGGAGCGCGGAAUGUCGACACCAUUCUUGGCUCGGCGUUGCUGAGAGCGCCCCAGCUACACUCCCUCGCUUUCGAGGGCAUGCUGACCCUUGUGGACGACGUUGACGCGUCCAGAGCGACACUCUGCGUGAAGGUGGAGUGCUUCGUGCCCUCCUUCAGGCCGGGCUUCGUGGGUCCCGGCAUGGUCGGCGCGGCCAAUCUCAUGAGGCCCGGGUCCCCGUUCCAGGCGGCCAUGCCGAUGGUGCCGCAGUUCGGCGAGUUCAGGCCCGGGUCCCCGUUCCAGGCGGCCGUGCCGAUGGUGCCGCAGCUCGGCGAGGUCAGGCCCGGGUCCCCGUUCCAGGCGGCCAUGCCGCUGGCGCCGCAGCUCGGCGAGGUCAGGCCCGGGUCCCCGUUCCAGGCGGCCAUGCCGAUGGCGCAGCUGCAGGGCGAGGUCAGGCCCGCGUCUCCGUUCGCAGCGGACCCGCCCCAGGUUGGCGCGUCGGUCGUGUCUUCCACCGUCACGGCGGUCACACCUCCGGUCCUGGUCACGCCAACAGUGAGAUCGCCUCCAAUCAUUGCGCAUCCGGUCGAGGCAGUGGCGGAGCCCGUGGCUAGCACGGCAGCCUCCCGUGGCGAGCACGGCAGCACGACGACAACGUACGCAGCCCCAGCCCCCAUGCAUGGCCGUCCCACGUAUGCGCCGCCCGUCCAAGCAGUGGUGGCAGCAUCAGGCACCGCUACCCCCCCGAUCAUCACUACGCCUCCGGUGGCAACGCCCAAGAUGCCGCCCCAUCAUGUGAAGAUUACAAUCGUGAGCGCCAAUGGGCUGCAUAAGGCACGCGGGAUCGCUGGCACCUGCGACCCUUACGUGCGGGGCGAGAUCAGUGGCAAGCCCCACACGAGGUUCACGACGCCCGCCCUCCAACAUAGUCUGAACCCAGUCUGGAACUUUGAGCACCUCCUCGGGGACUACCGCCCAGGAGACUCGAUCACCUUCACUGUCUACGACAGAGGCAGCUCGCAGGACGAGGACCACCUGGGGAGGGGCGUGCUGCACGGCAAGCUGUUCGAUCCCGCGGCUGGCGCGCCCGGCCCGGGCUUCAACGGCCUGUUGGUCCUCACCCACCCCGACGAGCGCAGGCGCUCGGAGGCGAACGCGAUGUUGACGGUCAAGGUGGACCUGCUGGCGACCGCCGUCUCUGGCAGCCUCGUGGCCUCGAGGAGCCCCUUGGACUUCUCCAGGGAGGCCGACGCGGUUGCGAGCGCACGCCUCGGCGCCAGGCGCGCCACGCUCGAGCCCACGGCCCCGGCGGUGCAGGGCGCGUGGCCGCCAUCAGCCAGCAGCAUGCCCGCCGCGCCGCCCACGGCGAGCCCGCCGCCCUCGAUCUCGGAUCCGUUGGCGCCCGCCAGCUCGACGGCCCUCGGCCAGACCGGGCCCGUGUCCAUGAGCCUGCCGGCACCUGCGGGUUCACCCCACGCAACGCCAAGGUCUAUGGCUGCCGCGAGCCCCAUCCACUGGGGCGCGGCGGGCAGCGUCCCCCUGAGAGUCACCAUGCUGAGCGCGCAGGGUCUGGAGCGCCCCGGCAUGUGCACUUCCCCGCCGGAGGCCUGCUGCGUGUGCGAGGUGAAGGGCAAGCCGCGCACCCGCUUCCAGACACACGUGGAAGCGGAUGCAGACCCGGUCUGGAACUACCCCGAGGUCCUCACGGAGUUCAUGCCGGGCGACACCCUCACGUUCUCCGUGUACGACGAGCACGAGGGCACCAUGGGCGACCGGCUGCUGGGCAGGGCGACGUUGCCGAGCAACCGAUUCUACCCGCAGGGCUUCGAGGGAACGCUGGUGCUCGCAGAGGCCAGCAAGGGCUCCCGCGCCACGGUGGCCGUCCGCGUGGACGUGCUGGGUGCUACCCAGCCCGUUGGUGGCUUCGCACAUCCGAUGUCGCGGUCCCCAUCUCGAAGAAGAAACAAUAAUGCCGCCCGUGGCCUCGUUUGCUACGCGCAGUCCGCAACCGCAGGACCGGUUCCCGAAUCCGUUCGGCUCCGCGGCCUCGAUCGGCGGGGCGCACGGCGUGGACCAGCUGCUGCCGCUGCCCAUGUCGCGGCCGGCGACGCCGAACCGCAACGCCUUGAGUUUUCCUGGCGGCCUCGGAGUGCUGCCCGCUCCGGCGAGCGCUCCGCUCGGGGCCUGCAGCUGGCCGUACGGCGCCCGCAGGUAGCACCCGCGGGCUCGCUGCGCCCAGCCGCGCGGCCGCUCCGCGGGCUGGCGCUCGCCGCCGAGGGCAGCUCGGAGAUCGGAGGAGGACACAUCUAUUGCACGAGCACAGCUUUUAAGCCCGUCGUGCUCGUGCGCGGAUAUGCCUCGUGCUCUCCUGGCGGAGGCGGGCCCCGCACCGGCCAUCGCUCGCUCCCAGCCCCGACCCCCUCGGGUCAUGAAAAAAUCACGACGGGAGGAGCGGCUCGGGAGGAGCCUCGGGCCCGCACAUGUGUGGGGAGGGUUCUGGGCUGAGCUCCGGGGCCGCCGUGCGCGCACGGCCAAGAGCAGGACGCCGCCUGCCUGGGCUCGCCCUGCGGCGCAUUCGUUUUUUUGGGGAGCCGGCGGCGCGCCUGCAUGCGCGCAGGCACUGCGCGCGCCCCGUCCGCUUGGAGUCGGCGCCCCCGCCCCAGCCCAGCGGUGGUGCCGAGGGCGCGGGCCGCGCCAGGGCCUCGAGGCCGGCAUUCAAGCAGUGGCGAAGCGUCCUGGCUCGCCUGAAUAUAGGAAUGCUGGGACGGCCGGUCCCUGCUCAAGGCAUCGGGAGGCGGCCCCUCCAGCCGAGAGCCAACGAGGGAGACUUCCACGGCCCCCAGGCCAAUGAACCCCCCCACCGCGGGCGCGGCCGAGCGCGGGCCUGCCCGUCAUCUCUUGGUCAGUGUGCCGAAGGCACCUUCUGCGACCUGCGCGGGCCGUUCGCGGCGGCUGCCAGCCGCGCACAGACCCGUCGCUCGUCAAGAACAUCGCACGCCUGCGGCACAGCACCCCCUCAC